UAUGUUGUUUUUGUUUUUUCUUAACACAAUUUUGAUCAUGAAUGACAUAAAGGAAUCUUCCUAGGAAAACAAGCAUGAAAAAUUUGAAAUUGAAGAAAAGUAAGACGACGACUAUUCUGAGGGUAAGAGAGGUCAUAGACGACACUCCAUAGAAAGUCUGGAAAAAGAAAGAAGGUCAGAGAUGAUACGAAUUCGAAACCCUUUGAACUAAAAGAGAUUCCAAUAUUCAGGACUUCUUUUCUCGAGAAAAAUUCCUAAUUUCUCGAGAAAAUCUUUUGGGUACCGAAAGGGAAAUUGGAGAAAUUUAUAAUGAGACUUAAGCCAUGGUUCUUCGUGCUGGUAACACUUGCUCUUGUUUGGAUUCCAUCAAACGGCGUCUUUGGAUCGCCGCGUCAGAAAUCCGACGAGGCUUACGUCACGCUUUUGUACGGAGAUGAGUUCUUGUUGGGCGUCCGAGUCCUCGGAAAAUCGAUUCGGGACACUAGAUCCACCAAGGACAUGGUGGUUCUGGUCUCCGAUGGCGUUUCCGAUUACGCCAUGAAACUUCUCGAGGCUGAUGGGUGGAUUGUGACGAAGAUUAGCUUAUUGGCAAAUCCUAAUCAAGUACGGCCAAAGAGGUUCUGGGGUGUCUACACAAAGCUGAAAAUUUUCAACAUGACUAACUACAAAAAAGUCGUUUAUCUCGACGCGGAUACUAUUGUGGUUAAAAGUAUUGAGGAUCUUUUCAAAUGUGGAAAGUUUUGCGCUAACUUGAAGCAUUCUGAGAGAUUGAACUCUGGAGUGAUGGUAGUAGAAUCAUCUCAGAAAGUUUUCGAUGACAUGAUGAGCAAAGUGAACACUUUGGAAUCUUACACUGGAGGAGAUCAAGGAUUUCUGAAUUCAUAUUACGCUGGCUUUGCCAAUGCACAUGUUUUUGAGCCAAAUUUAUCCCCAGAAGUUUUGAAUUCGAGACCAGUUCCUGAAAUGGAGCGGCUGUCCACUCUAUACAAUGCAGAUGUUGGUCUUUACAUGCUCGCUAACAAGUGGAUGGUUAAUGAAAGUGAACUCCGUGUAAUCCACUAUACACUUGGUCCUCUUAAACCUUGGGACUGGUGGACAUCUUGGCUUUUGAAACCUGUUGAUGUCUGGCAGAAUGUUAGGGAACAGCUUCCGGAAUCCCUUCCAGGAACUGGAGGCGGCAGUAAUCCUAAUGAUAAUUUUCUUGUCAAAUUUCUGCUUUUGCUACCAUUUUGUGCUCUUCUCGUCUGUUACUAUCGAUCAUUUCUCCAGACACGGGAGUACUUUAGUUCAUUAUGUAGAAGUUCAUUAUGCGACCAUAUUAGACAUAUUUACAUCAAAAUCAGGUCUGCUGGAACACAUACAUAUGCUGGUGUUUCUACAUCAUCCAAUAGUAAUCCAAACCAUCAGGCUAAGGUUCCCACCUAUUUAGGUGGGGUUUCUGUCUUCUUCUGUUUCACGGUCGCUCUUGUUGCCCUUGCACUUGGUCUUGCAAUUGUGCCGCGACAAGUGAUGCCUUGGACUGGUUUACUAUUGAUGUAUGAAUGGACAUUCACGAUCUUCUCUCUCUUAUUUGGAGGUUAUCUCCAUUUAAUAUACCAGUGGGGGAAGGCUACAGUAGUUCAAUCGGGAUCCCUUCCCUCUCAUUCUGAGUCACUUGAUUAUGAUUCUGGAAAAGGUCAUCAGCGUCUUGCAUCGUCAUGUGAUAUCGCUGCAUGGUAUUAUGGGCUAGGGAUGGCAUUUUUGGCUAUUGUUGCCCCAUCUGUACCAUGUUUUCUAGGAAUUACCGCUCUUUUUGGGAGGUUGGCAUUGAUAGUUGCUGGAGGUUUAAUCUUGGCAUCGUUCAUGACAUAUGCCUCUGAGCAUCUUGCAAUCAGAUCAUUUUUGAGAGGUCUUGAAGACCGAGACACUGCGAGAAGUCGAAAGGUAUGUUUCUUCUGUUGAUCGCUGCUCGCUGCUCGAAGCUGACAAUUGUUAACUUAAAAGUUUCUUUUUAAAAAAAAAAAAAAAAGCCAUUUUGACUUUUUAAUGCGUAUUGUUUAUUUGUAAAAUAGUGCAGGAAUUUUGUCCAAUUAAUUAGAGUUCUUCUCAAGUUUUGUUUUAA